AUUUUGUUUUCGCAUUUCUAUAAGGCUGAUCAUUUGUUUACAUAUCGUCAAGGUGACAGUCAACACACUACAGUGCAGCUGAUGGGUGUGGCAUAUCUAUAAAACACUAACUCCAGCAUGUGGGAGUAAUGUCAUGUCAUAAUGAUGGGCCAUGAGUAAAAGUGGAAAAAAUUAGCUAAGUUUAAGGUUGUCACAUGAUUUUUAUUUUUUUUUUGGCCAUCGCGAGAAACUGUUGCACCAUACAGCCACGUUAAGGAGUCUACAGUCAUAAUUAUAAAAUUUUUGCUAAGUUUCUUUCUACAGGGAGUGUAAAUCAUGGCGAUUGACUGCAAAAUUACGGUAGAACCUGUGCUGUUCUUGUACAUGUUGUCAGUGUUUAUGCUAUACCCAGCCCUGCAGGAUCUCAUUUACACCAAGGUUUGUCUAAAGGACUACAGCAAAAGGAUAUGUGAUAAUUUACAUGACCCAGUAAACCAUGUGGCUCUAGACACUGUCCAGACGGAUUCCUCACAUUGGGUACAAGGGUCUACCAUCAUGCUAGCAGUUCCAUCCAUUGUCACAGCUCAAUUCCUAGGAUCCUGGAGUGAUACAUAUGGACGCAAAAUUCCUAUGCUUUUACCUCCAGUAGGUGCAAUGUUUGCCAGUUUGCUCUACAUUGUGAUGAGUGUUCGGUUGUAUGAGAUUCAUGUGUCUCUCAUUCUACUGGCAUCAUUCAUCACUGGGAUCAGUGGAGGCUUCACCUCAUGUAUCAUGACAUGCAUGAGUUAUGUGGCACAGGAAACCAGAAAACUGGCACCUUUAAGAACUGCAGCAUUACAGAAAUGUGCAAUGUUUGCCAGUUUGCUCUACAUUGUGAUGAGUGUUCGGUUGUAUGAGAUUCAUGUGUCUCUCAUUCUACUGGCAUCAUUCAUCACUGGGAUCAGUGGAGGCUUCACCUCAUGUAUCAUGACAUGCAUGAGUUAUGUGGCACAGGCCAGCAGCUUCAACACCAGAACAGUGCGUGUGGGAAUCUUGGAGAGUAUGGUGUUUAUUGGUGGCACUAUAGGACCAGUGCUUGGGGGAUGGGUUCAGAAAAUUGGUGGAAGACCCGCCACCUUCACCCUCAUUUUGACAUGUCAUGCAACAGUUGUCUUCUACAUCAUCACAUGUGUCCGCAACAUUCUGCCAAGGCAUCCCCCACAAAACUCCUGGAUUCAUAGUGGCUGUGCUUGUCAACACUUAAGAGAAUCUGCGUCAACAGUGUUGAAGGAGAGGCAAGAAAACCGUCGCAAGUACCUGUUGUGGCUUCUUGCUGCUGCCUCGCUGAUUAUGAUUUGUACUGCUGGUGAAAUGGAUAUCUCCUACUUGUAUGUUAAGGAUACACCAAUUGUGUGGUCAUUUGAGAAGUACACCUGGUAUUUCUCACUGAAAUAUGGUUUAGGAGCCUUGGCACUACUGGGGAUUCUUCCUUUAUGUUCCAAAGCACCAGAUAUGAUUCUUGCUCUGAUUGGUCUAAUAAGCAAGGUGGGAGGUCUGAUACUUCUUGGAGUUGCUUGGGAGGAUACUGCUGUCUUCAUCAGUGAGUCAUCACCCUUUGUCACAUUUUAAUUUGAUGUAAAUCUACAUAAGGAUAUCUAGAAAUUUUAGACAAUUACAAUAUAUUACCCGACAAAAGCUUCUGUUGCUCAUUCAUUAUUU